UCCAGAUUAAUAGAUGAGUCAGGGCUCAAGUGUAUAAAACCUUGGAAGCUCCAGAGCUCACAUAAGCCAGCAUCUUCUCUCCUCACUCAGCCCCUGGUGCUUCAGGGUUCCAUUCCUCCUUAGACACGAUGUCUCACCAGAAAAAGCAGCCCACUCCUCUACCCCCAGUCGGCUGCGGGAAAACCUCAGGCGGAGGAGGCGGCGGAGGUGGCGGCGGCGGUGGCGGCUUCGGCGGCUGCGGCGGCGGCGGCUCCGGCGGUUGCGGCGGCGGCAGCUCCGGCGGUUGCGGCGGCGGCGGCGGCGGCAGCUCCGGCGGUUGCGGCGGCGGCUCCGGCGGGAGCGUCAAGUACUACGGCGGCGGCGGCAGCUCUGGCUGCGGAGGCUACUCUGGCGGCGGCGGCGGCGGAGGCGGCUCCGGAGGCUGCGGAGGAGGUUCUGGUGGGAGUGUCAAGUACUCGGGGGGUGGUGGCUCCUCCGGGGGUGGCAGUGGCUGCUUCCCCAGCUCCGGAGGUGGCGGCUCGGGCUGCGGGGGUGGCUCCUCGGGGGGCGGCGGUGGCUGCUUCUCCAGCUGCGGCGGCGGCGGCUCCUCCGGCUGCAGCAGUGGCUGCUACUCCGGCGGCGGCGGCGGCGGCGGCUCGAGCCAAGAGGUCCAGUGCCAGAGCUACGGAAGCGCCUCCAGCGGCGGCUGCGGGGGCGGCGGCAGUUCCGGCUGCGGCGGCGGCUCCUCUGGGGGCGGCGGCAGCUCAGGCUGCAGCGGCGGCGGCUCUUCCGGCGGCGGCUCCGGCUACUUCUCUCAGCAGACCACCCAGGGCUCGUGCAUGCCUCAGCAGAGCUACGGAGGAGGAUCCUCCGGAGGCAGCUGCGGCGGCGGCUCCUCUGGGGGAGGCGGUGGCUGCUUCCCCAGCUGCGGCGGCGGCUCCUCCGGGGGUGGUGGUGGCUGCUUCUCCAGUGGUGGGGGCGGCGGCGGCUCCGGCUGCGGCGGUGGCUCCUCCGGGGGCGGCGGUUCCUCCGGGGGUGGCAAGGGCGUCCCGAUCUGCCACCAGACCCAGCAGAAGCAGGCGCCUACCUGGCCAAGCAAAUAAGGUCCGUUAGACGCCGCGGAGAAGAAGGAGAUGGAAAUGUUCUCCGUGGGCGCCAAUGGGCUUAGCGGUCUCAUGAUACUGCCCUGAUGUUCCCAAAUCCUUCAGGUGUCAACACCUGAGCCACUGAGCUCUGGGGAUGCAUCUUGUUCUGCAGUUUUUCCUCUUUGGUUUCUGUACAACAAUCUCCCAGCCCCUGGACAUCCUCAGUCAAUAAAUUUGAAAUUCAUGAGAAUUUCUGCGUUUUCAGGCACUUUUGUAGCUUCCAAGUUCAUUCAUUUUAUUUCAUUCAUCUUUCCUCCAUUCACUCAUUCAUAUCUACAUUCAUUCAACAAAUGUAUUUAUUGGGGGAAAGGUGGGUGGAGAGACGAAAAUCAUGGAGGAAUGGCUGGCAACCAAUAA